AUGUCGUACACCAAAAAGACAAGGCUUUGGUUCUCGUCUUUCUCAUGCGUAGCCGUAGCCGAAGGCUGUGUGGAGUCGGGGACCGUCUUUGGUGGGCUCAAGAAAGGACUUUUUGGUGUCGCACGACGUGACGAUAUUGGUCCCAGCAAUCGUUGGCUCUUGGAGGGUAUGGUUACCUAA